AUGGGCUCGAAUCUACCCUAUGCCGCCGACGCUGAGAGUCCCCUAAAGCCAGCCGAGCUGCAGGUGCUCCGAUCGCAGUACGAGAAAGAAGGCGACUACGUCGGCAUUCAGACGAAAUUCAACUAUGCCUGGGGCUUGAUCAAAUCCAACGCCCGUCCAGAACAGCAAGAAGGCGUCCGUCUACUAUCAGAGAUUUUCCGCGCGGCCCCCGAGCGACGACGAGAAUGUCUAUACUACCUGGCCCUUGGGAACUACAAGCUGGGCAACUACGGCGAGGCGCGACGAUACAAUGACCUGCUGCUGGAGAAAGAGCCGGCCAACCUCCAGGCGGCGAGCCUGGGCACCCUGAUCGAGGAGAAGGUGUCCAAGGAGGGACUGCUGGGCAUUGCGAUCGUGGGCGGGUUGGCGCUGGCGGCGGGUGUCGUUGGGGGUGUGGUGUUGCGGGGAGCGAAGAGACGGUAA